UCGUUCUUCUUCGCUAUUUUGUUCCAAAACUUUUUUUCCCACGCGAUACGCAUUUCUCCCGUCCUCGCGUGCGCUUCAGACGUAAAUGGCGCAGAAGAGAGACAAGGACCAGACCGAGCUCAAGCCGCCGGAGACCUUGCCGAUCUGCACUCCGCCGCAGGGGAUUACCUCGCCUGCGCUGCAGCAGCAGAUUCCGGCCGCCAGAUCGCCGCCGGAGGCCUCAGAUCUGAAGGCGUCUGGCGCGUGCGACCCACGGGCGGCCUCGGCGAGUCCCGCCGGGGAAGAUGCUGCGGCGGUUCGAACGGCGGCGACGCUGAAGAGGCCGAGAGAGGUGAACCGGUGCUCCGGAUCCGGAUGCAGGAAGCGGGUCGGGUUGAUCGGGUUCCGGUGCAGAUGCGGCGAGGUGUUCUGCUCCGAGCACAGGUACUCAGAUCGGCACGAGUGCAGCUACGAUUACAAGGCGGCCGGCCGGGAAGCCAUCGCCAGGGAGAAUCCGGUGAUCAGAGCGGCGAAAAUCCUCAAGGUUUGAAAGGGAUUGAAAAUUGAUUUGGGGAUUAGGGUUUGUGGUGGCGAUGCGCGAUUUGUCUCUUGUUUGUAAAUUUGAUUGAUAGGCGGGGGUAUUAUCGUCAUUUCGUAAUCAUAAUUAUGAAAUAUUUAGGAGUGAAAUUUCUUCUUUCCAAAUUUGAAUAUUUUAAUAUUAUACUCCUAUUAUUUAUUUGUAUUA